CUGCAGGCCCCGCCCCCGCAGCGCAGGCCCCACCCCCCCGCGGUGGCGCAGCCGAGGGGGCCCCGGGAGGGUCCCGGAACAGCUGAUGGAGCUGCACCUGGGCAAGGUUUGCCUCCAGCACGAGACGUAUGCGGCGGAGCCCUGGGGGGCCGCGGGGGGGUCCCGGGGGGGUCCCCUGGGCCCGGGGGAGGUCCCCACGUCCCGCCUGGUGCUGCUGGUGCCGGAGCUGGAGCUGCGCGAUCGCCUGGGGGGGGGCCCCGCGCCCCCCUUCCUGAGCCGCCACCCCCGAGGGGGGCCACCCCCACAGCCCCCCACGCUCUGGCUCAAGGCGCUGCGGGUCCUGCCCCACCCGCCCCCCCCCGGGGGGGUCCCCGAGUGCUGCCUCAGGGUCACUGUGACCCCCCUGCGCCUGCACAUCGACCAGGACGCGCUGAUUUUCCUCAGGGAUUUCGCCGGCGGCUUCAUCACCCACCUGAGCCCCCCCACGGGGCCCCCGCCAGGACCCUCGCCCGCCUGCCCCGGGGUCGGGGACCCCCCCCAGCCGGAGCCGCCCCCGGACGAGGAGCCCGAAACGAGACCCCCCCGAUCUACUUCCGCGAGUUCCGGUUCACGGCCGAUGUCCCCGUCUGGCUGGACUACCGCGGCAAGCGCCGUCACCAUGGAGCAGGGUGCCCUGGCCGGGAUCCUGAUCGGGCUGGCGCGGCUCAACUGCUCCCAACUGCGGCUGAAGCGGCUCUGCCACCGCCAGGGGCUGCUGGGGCUGGGCCGGGUCGUGUCCUACGCGGUGACCGAGUGGCUUCGGGACAUCCGGUGUCACCAACUGCCGGGGCUGCUGGGGGGAGUGGCGCCCGUGCAACGCCGUGCUGCGGCUCUGGCGGGCGCUCCGGGACCUGCUGCUGCAGCCGCUGCUGGGGGGCGGCCCCGGGGCCGUGACCCGGGGGGUGACGCGGGGGGUGACCCGCGGUGUCACCGCCCUCGGGGCCGCCUCCGCCAGCGCCGCCAUCGGGCUGGGGACGAGGCUACUGCGGGCCCUGCAGGCUUUGGCACCGAGGCCCUUUAUGGACUUGUGGCUCCCCCGGGCCCCCCCCGGCCACUCCCGGCCCCCCGGAGCCCCCCAGCGGCACCAGCGCCCCCCACGCCCCCCCGGCACGAGGAGCGGCCCCGCCCCCACCGAGGGACUGGGGGGGCCCCGCCCCCAAUAAACUGGCAGAGACUGGUUCUUACUGGGACUGAGACUGGUUCUUAUUGGGAGUGAGGGGUUCAUACGAGGGGGGGCUGGUCC